AUGAGUUGCCAUCUCGGAUCGGUGGUGAGGAGAGUUCUGAAGGUCGCCCGCUAUUUGAGCGGCCCUGUCAGCAUUCAGAAAAUUGUCCUCUUUGGAGGCUCUUUUAACGCAUCUUUUGGAUCUACUCUACUGGGAAACCUCAAUUGCCGGAAGUUUCAUUUGAAUUACCACUUUCGGGCCCUGCUCCUCCGUUUACUGAGUCCAUCACCGAAGGCGAUAUCGUCUGGAAAAGGCCUUCGGCGAUCACAUGAGCCUAGUAGAAGUGGUCGCCGAAAUAGAAACGCCCUUUCUGCCGAGAUCAUAAAAACUUUUAGCAGACGACGGUGUCGCAGCCUUUCGGCAUUUUUAGUGGAUUCGGGUUAUUGGCCUAACGUAAUGGCAGCCGAAUCCAUAAAGAAAGAACUGUCUGGGAUAUUUGAACGAUUAAACACGCUUUCUCCCUCCGAGAAAAACAGUCUUCUCGUUUUCUUCAAAUGUUUCUUACCACCGAAUUUUUCCGAUGGAGAAACUUCCGAUCAGCAAUUAACCCAGUCUUCCGAAGAGACUGGAUCCAAGGAAGAGGUUAUUCCUGCGUCAUCUCAGGGAAUCCUUCCAAAUCCUUCGGGUAACACAUUGUCUUUAGUGGACAACAGUGCGAAUUACGCACCAGAUAUGUACAGCUUCCACUGUCCAGCCCAAACACUGGAUAAGAGCGUCAACGUUCCAGAGGAGGGCGUUCAAACGAAUAAAUCAACGGAUGUCUCAUCUGAACAUUCGCCGACAAAUGAAACACCACAGCCGCAAACGAACCGUGUUUCCCUCCUAUACUGUCCGAUCUGUCGGGAGGAGUUCAAUACUUGGCCACUUAUGGAAGAGCAUUUGUACGAGUCACAUGUGACACCAAUCGCACCAGUUUGUUGGCGCUGUCAGGGUGUGUUCGCCAACCACAGUCUGCUUUUAGCUCAUGAGUGUUUUGAUUGGGGUCGGUUGAAUCUUCCAUGUCAGGCCGUCGUGGAUGGUUCUACAGUAGCGACCAGUCGUCGGCGGGCGAUACUACAGAACUCGAGUCACCUGGACUAUCCACCCGAUGGUGUCUUUCUCAAACGACGUUGUGGGUUGUGUUUCAAAUCAACGGCGUUGUUUACCAACUACCACAGUUUUCGUCGUCACAAAGAAUCCGAACAUCCCUCUGACUCCACACAGAUCUUAUCAAAUGCUGUUCGCCCUCGCUGGAACAAACACAAGCGUUUCGAUACGAAUUUCGAGGACGAGUUCUCUCAUCCGCAGUCAGUGGAGACCCUCCGGUCCACACUUCAGCGAUUGAUGACUCAGUUUCAGGCCCAACCGAAGGAUCACUGCGCGAAGUCCAACAAACGUCGCAAGCGUUUCUUUCGGUCGCGCGCAAAGAGAUUGUCUGCAGCCCAAAGUGCGUCGUUGUUACACGCACACUCGUCAAGUUGCACCUCUAGUCCACGUCCGGACUCCGUGACAGACGACGCGACAGAUACACCGGCAGCCGUGCCCAGUAAUGAUUUCAUUGCUCCAUGCUCCACAGGGUUCACGACUGGGACAAACUGUUGGCGAUCAUAUCCUGGUUAUUCGGGAAACAUGUCACUUUCGAAGCGAUUGAGACUGCACCGAAAACGCGCUCCUGUCGUCAGCACCACUCGUGAUUCCCCAUAUUUACGUGGGAGCCGAUACGACAACCCAUAUAACAGAAGCUACGGAACGAUGAUCGGUCGAUUCGCGUGUAAAUGCUGUUCUGCCACUUUUCGUGUGGCUUCUCGCCUCAGGGUGUCUGGCAGUCCUGAUGCAAUGGCUUUUGAUGUCCACGGCGUGGGACUUAUGCUUGGCUCCAGGGUCGACUCUCGUUUAUGGAACAGAAUUUCAGUAAAUCCUCAUCUUUGCGCUGCUCGCCAACACGAGCGUUUAUGCCGUGUUACAUGGAGGCCACGAACUGCAAACCAGAAGUGGGCUCAUUUGGGUGAAGUGGCGAUCAGCUACCAGUGGAGAGUUUUAUUCGAGAAUCUCAUUCAUUCUAUGAGCACACCACCUGACUCUGAUCGUGGCAUUUUGCGUGCAUGCGUAUCCAUUCGCUUUCGUCCCGCAAUGUGCCUGUUGAUUCAAGACCAUUCUGUUCACAACUUACAUGUCUCUAUAGCCCAACGGCAUGGAGUUGGUGAAACGAUCUCCGAAAAGGUUGUGACCUCACUUCUUUCACAGAAAUAUCGUCUCGAACGGUGGGCUGAUCACUUUGAAGGGCAGUUCAGCUGGCUCCUACUGAGUAUAGUUCUGGGAGGACCGAAUGAACCUGAGUGGAACGGUCGACACCAUUUCGCCAUCGACAGGACAAUCCAGCAAGCAAUUGAAUUGAUUCAACCGAACUAG